AUGGCCCACUCCAGCGACGAGCUUCUUUCUCAUAAGAUUGCCACCAUUGUGUCGUGGCUUCUUGCUGCUUAUGCCUCAUUCAGGUACUUCGUGGGUAUCAACCCAUUCGACAAUCAUAACCCCUACAAUGUUCGGGAGACACCUUUCAGUAGCAACGUGGUGGUCACCUUGACCUUCUGGGGUUUCCUUUUCCUCUUGCAGAUUUUAUUUGUCACCCAGAUUUUUGUUCCCACUGUCAACAAUGCCAGUGGAAUCACUAAUAGAUUGGAGGUGACAAAGUUGAUUGCAUGGCACUUUUCUGCUUUCAACUUGGGUGUGUUUGUGUGGACGUUGUUGUUUGUUCACAACCAUUACUUCUGGUCUGAGGUUGUGUUGGUGUUGAACUUCGUUAAUAUUCUUCUGUUGUACUUCGAGCACAAGACUUAUUCAGUCAAGCCCUUCUCUAACUGGUUGUUGAUCCACUUGCCUACCGCAGCUUUCCCAUUCUCGUGGUUAUUAUACGCCAUUUUCUGGAACGGUGCUGUCUUGUUCCAUGUACACAAGCUUGUGGGCCGUAUCUUUGCCAACAUCUUGAUCUGGUUGUUCUUGCUUGUGCCUGGCUUCUUCUUGGUUGUUUUCAACGACUACGGUAUUGGUAUCAGUUCCUCCUGGUUGAUGUUUGGUUUGGGUUUGGGGCAACUCUUCACCAAAACCUUUGCCUUGCAGUGGAUUUUCGCCUUUGUCAUUUCUGGCCUCUUGUUCAUUGGUAGUGUUGUUGGUGCUGUCACUGGAAGUGUCACUAGCAGAGAAACAACCAACGAAACCGCACCAUUGAUGAAUGAUGCUUGA